AUGAGUCUUCAUAUUGUUAUUUGUGAACAUGUUGUACGCUGUUUUCUGAAGUCAUCUUCCGCAGCUGCCCUUUGUAUCAGAGUUGGUUCAUUUUGUGAUCCAGAAGAAGCACAGGGACUGUCACAUCUAUUGGAGCAUAUGUUAUUCCAUGGAGAUUCGCCAACAUCAGAAAUCAAAAGUUUUCAUGACUAUAUACAUGAACGAAAUGGAUACUGGGAUUCAAAAACCUCCAAUGAACACACCCUAUUCUACUUCAGUAUACCCAACAAAUACUUCGAUGAGGCAUUGUCAAUUUUUGCAUCGCAUUUUAUCAAGCCAGUUUUGAAACGUGAUGGCAUAAGGAAAGCUGUUGAAAAGUUGGAUAUGGAAUUUCAGAAAGUCAAGACAAGAGACUAUGCAAAACUAAGAGGAUUUAUAUCAAGUUUGGCAAUAAGAGGCUCUCCAUAUCGUUUGUUUGGUCGAGGAAAUAAACUCUCGUUGGUCACUGAACCUGAAAAGAAUGACAUUGAUGUCUAUAGCUUACUGAAAAAUCAUUGGGCUUAUUUAUACUCAGCACACAGAAUGACACUAGCUGUACAAUCCAAAGAUUCAUUGAACACACUGGAACGAAUUGUUCGAGAGAAGUUCUCUAACAUUCCUAUAAAUCGUUCUGUCAAUCUGGAUAUGACACGGUAUGCAAACAGUUUCGAUUCUCCAGAAUUCUUAAGACUUUAUCAUGUCGACAGUACUCGAAAUAAGGAACAACUACGUAUGGUUUGGGCUGUUCCCAGUGUCUAUUCAUUAUACAAAUCGAAUCCUGUCGCUGUUCUUGCCUACUUUUUGAGUGACAAACAUCCUUAUGGCCUUGAAAAUUAUCUGAAAAAUAAUCAUCUGGCGACUGAGGUGAAAUGUGAAUUUUCAGCAAUGUCAGAUUUUGAAAAUUCAACCAUUUGUGCUUUAAUUACAAUCUGUAUUGAUUUAAAAGGCACACGAAGUGAUUUGCUCAAAAUUACGAAACUUGUCUAUCAAUAUCUACGCUUUCUAUCAAAUAAAGCGCAUGAAUCAUGUGUAAACAAUAGGAAUUCCACUGAAUUGAAUAAUGGUAAUAAUAUCAACAAAAUUCAACAAACAAUAAAUUCCAGUGGCAAGUCUUCAUUCGACUCUUGUGUACGAGAUCUUCAGACAACACAAAAAGAAGCAUUUCUAAAUCGUGCAACAUUUGGACCACAAGAAACUGUUAUAUGGAUAGCCAACAUGCUUCACUACACUUUACCACAAGAUGUACACUCAGCUUACUUAGUGAUAAGUAAACCUGAUUUCCAGGUUUAUUCAGAAUUUUUGGACACGUUAUCCAAACAACAAGCUUGCCUGAUACACAGUUCAAAACUGAAUCCAUCAAUAUAUAAAAAUAUUCAUACUGAGAAAUGGUAUAAUCUACAGUAUACACAAGAAGAAAUCUCAUCCAAACAAAUGGGUUGUCUAAACUAUACAGAUGAAACAAUUCCAUUUUCGCUUCCUUUAAAAGUCAACGGAAUGGGUGAAGUAAUUGUCUGUGCUCGUGACUAUUCAAUUGUAUCAUCUGAAAAUGACAUGCAGAUACCUAUCAAUUUAAUCACAGAAUUUAAAGGAACUAUGUACGAGUCAUAUGGUUCUGUUUGGUAUCAUCAGAUUAACAAUCAGACAGCAGAUGAUGUAUACGUUUACACACAUAUCUCAUCUGGAAUGGAAUUUAACGAUCCUUCAAAGGCAUGUUUGUCUCGCCUACUUCAGACAAGUAUAAAGCUUCGAUUGUUAGAUUUGGAUAUGAUCACAAAAGAAAGUGGAAUAGAGUAUACGUUUAAAAUGAACGUAAAUGGACCAGAAAUCAUUGUCAAAGGACCGUGUGAGAGAGUCUAUGAACUCUAUAAACAGCUGUUGGAAAACACAACAGUCGAUUUCACUAAAGAGCAUUUUAUAAAAUGUAAGAAACAACUGACAGAGGAAUUAACUGCUCAAUUGUCCAAUCCAAAUCAUUUGGCUGAUAAUCUCAAUACUUGUUUAUGGAACCAAAAUGAAUACACCAUAAAAGCUUUGCUGCUUUCAUUGACAUCUAUUUCAAUAGCUGAUUUAAUGGCAUUCCAUAGUAAAUACUUCUUCCAGUUGGCAAUUACAAUGUACGUUGUUGGAGAUAUGCAGGAAGGGUUAGCUAAAGACUUAUUCACCUCCACCAUUGACUAUUUUAACUGUCAUCCAAAGUCCGAUCAAGCUAAAAUAAUUGAUAAUAUUCCCCUACGCCCUGGCACAUAUUAUCAUUCUGUAACAAAUGCAUCAAUCCCUGAAAAAUACUAUCAGCUUAUACAAUAUCAGAGGAUUGAGAACACUUCACCACUUGAUGAAAUCUAUUGUAAAAUAAUCAUAGCAUUGGUUAAAACACAUGCACAACAAUAUUUUCAACACUAUGAAUCAUUGAACGGUCAAGUGGUAUUAGAUUUAUAUGAAUUAACCUCAACAACAACAGAACAAGUCAUUGGGACACGAUUAUGUCUUAUCAGUCAGUCAGUGAAACAUGAUUCAGACUAUCUGAUCAGUUGUGUGAAUAUAUUUUGGCAACAAAUUGCCACCAGGGUGAUUGCAUGUGCUGAACAUAAAGCUAUUGAACAAAUUUAUGACACAAUAAAUUCAAAUGAUGCCAUCGAUAGCAGUGAUGUUAAACAAUUGUCUCAAUUCUACUGGAAUAAAAUUCUAAAUAAAAAUGAAACAUUCGAUGGAAGGAAUGAAAAGAAUAUUUUCAAGAAAGAGGUCAGUCGAGAGAAACUACUGGAUUAUUUCUAUAGGAAUUAUUUAAACCCCAGCCGACAAAUAUCCGUAUUCAUCGAUUUCCGAAGUACAGAAAUACAGAAUGACCAUCAAACUGAACCUUCGAAUACCAAUAAAACAAACAGUACAAAUUUCAAUGCCAACUUAAACUCAUACCUAAAAGAUGAAGAUCUAAUGAACCUGCCUCAAGGUACCAGUAGACACUUGAUCAAUGUGCUCAAUGAACAAACACCAGCCAUACAAAUUACCCGGAAAAUUGAAAAUAUUGAAUCAUUUCGAUUCAGAUAUAAAAAAGAAGCCUGUUAG